AUGAGGAGGACCUGGGGGUCCUGCCUGCUGCUGCUCGCCAUUCUGGUGGCCCUGGUGGAUAGUACGCCCCCAGACCAGAAUACGGUCAAGGUGUUGAAGGAAUUAAAGAACAUCAGCGCCUCAGAUGGCAACGUGAAGCAGUGCCUGUGGUUUGCCAUGCGAGAGUACAACAAAGAGAGCGAGGACAAGUACAUCUUCCGGGUGGUCAAGGUGGUGCAGGUGCAGCUGCAGGUGACGGAUCUUCUGGAAUACCUUAUUGAUGCUGAAAUUGCCCGCACCAAUUGCAGAAAGCUUCCCAACAGUAAUGAAAACUGCGUCGUUAAGGAAACCUCCAAACUGGAAAAGAGGCAAAUGUGCAACUUUUUGGUGGGCACGCUCCCCUGGAAGGGCAAGUUCGUCAUGAUGAAGCAGCGGUGUGUGGAGGCCUAG